AUGUCAAGUGCAUCGAUCUUUCGAUUUGGUGCUGCACUUUCUAAGAUUUUGGGAUGGACAUAUUUCACGGCCUGGUCGGUCAGUUUCUACCCGCAGGCAAUCCUAAAUUGGAAGAGGAAGAGCGUGAACGGGCUCUCAUUUGACUUUCUAUGGUACAAUGUAUACGGAUUUACAUGCUACUCUAUAUUCAAUCUUGCGUUCUUUUAUUCAUCAACAAUUCAAGAACAAUACCGAAGGAGAUAUGGAGGAAAUGAGAACUUGGUCAGAAUAAAUGACGUAUUCUUCUCCGUUCAUGCUCUAAUCCUAUCUUGCAUAACAUUUGGUCAGACAUUUAUUUACAAGAAAGGCCGCAAUCAGCGACUGUCAGCUUUUGCCAUUGCCUUAACGUUUAUCACGUCCCUGGGAAUUUUCAGCGUGUAUUUAAAAGCGGCUGCUGGCCUCAACGAGUGGAUUGAUUUGCUAUACUUUAUAAGUUAUAUAAAGCUGGGACUUAGUUUGAUUAAAUACAUCCCUCAGGCAUAUUUGAAUUACAAACGUAAAUCGACAGUAGGAUGGAGUAUUCAUAACAUUGCACUAGAUUUUACUGGAGGAACCUUGUCAUUACUACAACUUAUUUUAGAUGCAUAUUUGGCGAACGACUGGGGCGGAAUUUCAGGAGAUCCGGUGAAAUUCGGCCUCGGUUUCGUAUCCCUCUCGUUCGAUUUGCUGUUCAUGGUACAGCAUUAUAUUUUAUAUCGUGAUAGAAACGAUUAUAGACAUGAUGAAGACAAAGGUGAGGAGACGUCUUUAAUUAGGAACGUUGUUGUUUAG